AUGGAUUCUUUAUACCCGAACCUACACGAGAGAUUUAAAAGCGAAGGCGUAUGUCCGAUUUGUCUCAUGGAAAUGGAAUUUGCGCUCAGAUACACUUGCACCAACGGUCACACGAUAUGUUACCGUUGCAAACCGUACUAUUACGCUUGUCCGACCUGUACGUCGCCAUUAGACAUGGAAAUGCCCUCCGCGCACGCUGGUUCCUCUUACUCGCCACCACCGCCCACCCAUUUCUUGCCUCAUCUACUUCCGCCAAAAUUCCACGAACAGUAUCCGAGCGCACCUGUAAUGGAGGAUUUUCUGAACCACGAGAGGAACUGGUAUCCGCCCGCCCCGUCUGACGACCAGGAACUUAAAUCCUGCUCGUACGCUCAUCUAGGAUGUUGGGUGAAGGUACCGGAGCACUUGAUAGAUCUACACGUAUCUCGAUGUCAAUUUCGACCGCACCUCGAGGAAGAACACCUUCCCACCGAUGUGGCUCACGCGCACGACGAGUUGGUCGAGUGCAAGCACCGAAUCGUCGGCUGUAAAGUAAGGACGUCUCCCUGGAGGGUCCCGAUUCAUGAGAAUUACUGCAACUAUAAGGAACGUUUCGAGGCGGUGCACGAUAUUACCGAGGCGUUGGAGGAGAUAACGGUCACGAGCGAAGAACACGGGGAUCCGGAGGAGCUGGUGGAAUGUAAAUUCCGAAGACACGGUUGUAUGGUGAACAUGCCCAGACGUAGGAAGCUGAUACAUCAAGAGAAAUGUAACUACGGAAAAUAUCAUCAAGACGACGAUGAUUCUAGCGAGUCAGAGACCGAGCACGAUCCGGACGAGCAGGUCCCUUGCAGAUGGGCCGAACACGGGUGCAGGGUGAGACCGAAGCGUAGACGCGCGGAGGCUCACGAGGAAAAAUGCAAUUACAGAAUGGAGGAGUGCAUGUUCAUGCAGCACGGAUGCACCGAACUGUUUCAUCCGUCGAGAAAACACGCCCACGAAAGAUCUUGCCAGUUUGCCGAUUAAAAUUUCUCCCUGAAUUAGAUACACCCCCGCGCUCGUGUGUAUUGGGACACUUAUCGAAUAUGAAUUCGCAGUGAACGUGUCAAAACUAACCCAAAUGAAAUGUUUCUGUUUAAUGUUUAUCAAAUACUGUCUGGCAGUGUAUUUUAAUAUGUAUUUAAUAAAUAGAUUC